CCUGGGUACUGCAGCCUGCGUGCUUUGGUUCCGGUUGCUAUUCCGUACCUGUCUGUUCAGUGAAGCCGCCAUGCGCUCCCUGGCAGGUUUCUUCGUGGUGUUUGGCUGCGCUACUUUCUACCUGUACGUACUUAGCACCAACCUGCGACCCGGCAGAGGGCAAGAAGUGGAGAGGUAGGAGCUUACAAUACAUUCUAGCUCUGACUGGAUAUAAGGACAUAGCUCAGAUCAAUAAAACACCACCAGUCUAAAUUAAUAAACGCACAAUCUGUAUUUCCCCGGAUAUAUCCAUGGCAGCUAAAUAGGUGUAGGUGGGGGGAGAAUAAAGUCUGCACAAUCUGCUCCUGGCAUUUUGGAAACAGAGAACCCAAAGGAGCUGGGAAGUCAUUAUUGGUUUAGCAUGUAACAUUGUCUAAUAUACCCAUUCAUUGUAAUUAGAAGUGAUGCUUUAACCCCUUAAGGACCAAACUUCUGGAAUAAAAGGGAAUCAUGACAUGUCACGUCAAACAUGUCAUGUGUCCUUAAGGGGUUAAACAACUCCCCCCACCCCUUUCUAAAAUACCACUAUCCCCUUAAUUUGGAAGAGAAUUCUACUCUGAAAGGUACAUUUCAAUGAAUACAAGGCUGUGGCAGGAGAAUUGCUGCUUGAGCUUUCACAAUCACUAAUGCCAAAGUCCAACAAGGUUAUUGACAGAAGUGUGAACUAUUAGCCAAUCAAAGUUUAAAAUUUUAGGUCGAAAUCAGCCAAAUUUAUAAAUAAUUUCCAAUUUAGAUGGUAGAAUUACAACUGUACUGAACUCUCUAGCAACUAUUGCAAAUACAUAGUGAAGAUCAUUUUUGGAGUACAGGCCACUCAUUGUUUAAUGUAAAAUCAUUAGAAAAUUAUACAAACAGACUUUAAAAAAAAAAAAAAGAUUUAAUGGUAUGAGAGAUAAUUUCCUUAAAAUAACUGUAUCAUAUUGCGUGUUUAACCAGCGGCUUGAAUGCUGUACAGACAAUAUCAAAUGGCGUAUUCCUGUGCUAAGUUUAGAAGGAGCAAAUGUGUGUGAAAUCAGAUAUUGGAGUAAUGAGAGGCAAAUUCACAAGUGGACAAGAUGGGUCUAGUCUGUUUAUUAGCCAAUUGGUGUUUACGAUGACCAUAAAGUGUGUGUUUUAUAUGUAUGAUUAAUGCACUUUGACUUUGUUUUUGACUAUUUUCGAGAAUUUUCAUAUUGGUUGUUGGGCCCUCAUCUCAUUAAGUUGUUUAUGCUACUAUACUUGAAUGAAAUAUACCAAACUUGCAAAAUUAGCUAGAUACAUUAAAUUUCAUAUUUUAUAAUUCCUAGUCGCCAUGGAGACCUGACGUCUGGGAUUUUUCAAGUCCUGCUGUAAAAUAUUUCUCAUACAGAAUCAUUAUGGAUCUGCGUUGCUCCGUUGCAUGCUAAGUUUUGUGGAAUCCAGCUCUUCCUCAGCGUCAUCAUGCUGGAUAUAGAGUUCUUCAGCUUGUGUUAAGGAGGGAAAUGCCUCUGGUGGCUUUCAGUGUGACAGCCACUAGCGUCGUGUUUCCUGACAGUGCUAUGUAAUAGUACAAAAAAAUCUUCUGAUGUCAGAAGUUCUCAGAACCUCCUAUUUAGCUAAUCGGAAUCCAGGUCAGUGAGAAGAAAAUGCAUAGAUGCCAUUAAAUUACGUAGUGGUUCCCUGCACGAUUUCAAAUAAAAACCUCUUCAAAUAAAAAAAAUAAAAAAAAGUUCCAUAUUUUGGGACACUUAUAAUUGUACUUUUUUCAUGAUUCUCAUUUAAGUAAAAUGAACCAAAGUUAAAGCUGUUCAUGUAAUCUUUGCUACAAGCAAUGAGCGACAUAGAUCUUUGUAGUAGGUGGGAGGUGUUUUUAUGGCAUCAUUUUGAGCAGAUUACUUUCUUUUGUUUCUAAAGUUAUUACAUAUUUUGCUUUUUUUAUGUAAUGUGUCUUGCUUUUUAAGGUCCCUGGUGUUUCCUUCAGAUUUGGAUGAAUUACGAGAGCUGGCUGACUUUUUGCUGGACUACAAGAGAGAACAUCAAACAUAUGUGAUGCUUUUGUUCUGUAGUGCGUACCUCUACAAGCAAAGCUUUGCCAUUCCAGGCUCCAGCUUCCUAGUAAGUACAUAAACCUUUUUCAUUAAAGAAAAAACUAAAUAUACAUUUAAUUAUUAUAUAAAAAUCAUUAUUAUAAGCAACAAUCAUGUAGUUGACUUUUAGUGUAAACUUUUCUGUGACUGGAAUAUACAUUUUUAUAGACUGACCUUUAUGUAUCUGUACACUGGUAAAAUAGUAUUUAUGAAUAAAUAAUAUUUUUAUUUUUUUUUUAAAGUAAAAUUUAUUUAGAGGAAGGCUGAAAAUAGUUAGCCUAACUGCAUAUCCAACUUUGUUUAAAUUGAACAGAAAGAACGUAACAGAUGGUAUGAUAAAUAGACACAGCUUAGACACUUUAGAAAUAGAGAUCCGAUAAUACUUCUAACACCCACGAGAUGAAGUAAACUUCAAUCCAACCCAACAGGAAGGCCUCCAUACUAUUGUUUAGAAACUAAGCAAUUCAAACUUUCAUAUGUAUCAUAAUUUAUGUCAAUAGAAUCAAACAGAAUUAUUUACUAAAGUUAAUUUCAUUGUUUGACUGGGGAAUAUCCUCCAAACAAAGGAAAAAUGCCUCAAUCCACAUGGAUACAAAUAAAACGAGCCUUUAUUCUAAUUUCACAUUAUGACUGGGACACGCAGGCAGAAACAUAUACCACUAGUUGGCGUUUCGGGCUUUAACUGAUGCUUCAUCAGAGACCAGGCCAAAGUAGCCUACUAAAAGCGCAUCUAUCUUGCAGAAUUUCUCUAGAUUGGCUAUUCUGGUCUUAAAUUUGAAAUUCUCUUUGAGCUCCCAAAAAUUCUCACUUUAAUGAAUGUCCACGUAAUUGUAUAUAUUUCAUCAGAGAGUUCUAUCUUAACUGUAUCAGUUUACCCUUUGAAGAAUUAGAGGAAUUACAACUUGCUGUGUCACUAUAAAGGAUGUAAGUUGAAACGAUAUCCACUCAGUCACAAAACUGCCAAUACAAGACACUAAAACAAGUAAUGAUUUCUCUUGGAAUUGUAGAAUAUCAUGGAAGAGUUAUGCCUCUUCAUAGAGUUGGCUAAACCCCUAAAGGCACGACUGAAAACGGAGUCCUAAGUUAGUAGCGAAACCUAAUGAUAUGUGCAAUAUAGAUGAAUAACAUCUGACAUAAUGGAUAAAUAUUGAAAUCAUUUAAUCACUUUUUACUAAAAGUUAUGAUAGUUACAAGCCAGGCACUUGUACAGUUGAAGGCUGUAAGAGAAACAAAUAUGUCUCUCGGUGUAAGUGUUUACAGAUCUGUACACUCAGGCAUGUGCAGCUUACGAGACACACUGAUAGGGUCUAUUGCAAGCUGUCAAGGAGUGCCUGUAAAAGAUACUGGGAAUAGAUUGCAUCAGCAUUAGAAGCCUCUUCUGAACGAUGUCACAGAAAGAGUUAAUAGAAGACAGGUAGUGCAUAGGAGUGUGAGAUUUCACAAGUUCAUUGGUGAAUGUUUGAAAUAAAUCUCUUGGAGAGUACACAUCUGAUAAGAGAAACACACACACAUUGUCUCGGGACCUGCCAACAGAGAGCUAAUUAUACAGUCCUUAGCUUGAAGAAAUAAAAUAGAACAGGAAAUUCAAUAGGAACUUUUACACAAAACUCCAUGUAUUCUUAAUAACAAUAAUACCCAAGGGAAGCAAAACAUUUAAAAAAAAAAAAUGCUGGUUCUAUUGGAGGUUUGCAGAGGAGAUGAAAAGUGAUAUUGGAAAAUAACAAGUGAAGCUUCAGUCUAGGUACCUGGCAUGUGGACAGGUGUGUACACUGCCACCUGGGUAACACACAGUGUCAGAUAAAUGCAGCAUCCCUUGUAACCUCAAUGUUGAUUGUGGCAAAGCAGAUAGCUGGCAUUCUGUUGGAGCCAGCUCAUGAGAUACUAGAUUUGAAUUGGUGCUAGCAGUGUGUAUAUAUGCUAUUUACUUUCACAGUCCAUCAGGCACUACAUGGUUACAUAUUACACCCUCUUUUUUUUUUUCUUUUUUUUUUUUUUUUCUGUUGAUACCUGUUUCACGUUCAUAUCUAAUGUAUUGGUUACAGACCGCUAUCACUACUCUCGAUGGUCUUGCAUGUGAAUAGGAAGGUGAGCAAAACCUAGACCAGGAGUAGAUCUCCCAUGAUGCUUUGCCAGCAUUAUCCCUGUAAAAGCAUUAUUGGAGAAGCAGUCCUCGACAUCUGGAGUGCCGAACGUUUCCUAACUUUAUUUUAGACCAGUGAUGGCUAACCUUGACACCAUAAAUAGUUUCUGGACUACAUUUCCCAUGAUGCUCAGCUAGCUUUUAGAAUCUAAAAGCUAGCUGAGCAUCAUGGGAAAUGUAGUCCAGGAAACAAUUUAUGGUGUCAAGGUUAGCCAUCACUGUUCUAGACCAUCUUCUUCCUGUCCUUACGCUCUGGUCAAAUUGUUGUAUUUUUUUUAUUUUUUCAUUGUUGUUCUCUGCCCAUUGCUCAGGGCGAAAGUAUUGUCCUCGUCUGUCAGCCCAAUAAUCUCACACCAUUUCUUCUGCAUCGUGUCCUGUCCAAUAAAUAUUCUCAGGCCAUACACUGUCUGCAGCUUUGCAACCUGUAAGAUCAAUAAUAGCGGGCCAUCCGCUUUGUGUUGCAUUAUAUCCUGCCAGAUCAAUAAGCUUGGGACGUCCUCUGUCUGCUGCAUUAUAUCCUACCAGAUCAGUAAUUUGAGGUGGCCUUCUUUCAGUCGUAUCAUUGCCUGUUAAGUCAAUGACAUCAUCAUCAGCAGACAAUUUAAAUAAAUUGUUUUAUAGUCAGCUGUGAUAUGUUUCAGUAAUCAACCCCUAAUAUAAAAUAAAGAGUUGAUUCCGCAUCCUAAAACUAUCAAAUGAUAUCAAUCAAAGCAUUUUAAAAUUUCAGACCUAGUAGCAGAGCACACUAAAAUCUGUUCCUUGUAAGAGAAGAAAAGCUUAUAGAAAUAAUAUUGAAGAAGGGAAUACAAAGGAAUAUGGAAUUCCCGCUUGUUCUUUGCAUUAUGUGUUUUGACACAUGGCAGUAAGGAUGAUAAAUGGUCAGUUUAAAUGGUUCUUUUGGGGAUUAUAAAUAGAAUUGCGAAUUGAUAUUGGAAAGGCAAUAGAAACACAGAAGAGGAAUGGAGCAUCAAAUUGUGGAAACGGGCACGUGGAGAUUUUGCUAAUUUGGGUAUGAACAGUGACAAUCAUUCUUUUUUUUUUUUUUUAAAUGUAGCAUUCACUGUUGCCGUAAAGUCAAUCCUGGCAAAGUUGGCAGCCACCUCCUGACACACUGAAAUUGAUGGCUGCAUGACAGAGUGAUUAAGAACUUCCCACAUGACAGCCUUAAAUAAAUAUAAAUAUAUAUAUUUUGGUCUGUGUCAGUCAUCACCUUUCUCAAUAGUUUUACAGGGGAGCUAUGAGAAGGGGCAACUCCUAAACGUUCCUCUUCCUAUCCUUAAUCUAUGGACAUGUUCUUUUGUGUGUCCCCUACUUUUCCUAUGCUUUCUUCUGGCAUAUAUCACUGUCACAAUCUAAUGUGAGCUCAGUACUCUCAGAGUAUCCUCUUUCUACUGCAUCAUAUCCUGACCGAUCAAUAAUCUCAGGCCGUCUGCUUUCUGAUGCAUUAUAUCAUGUCAGAUCAAUAAUAGCUGUUGACUGUCUUCCGCAUCCUCACCUGCAGAUCAGUAAUCACAGCUUUCUGUCUCAUACUUGCCUGUUAAAUCAAUGAUCAAUUUGUUCAAUCAAUGAAUCAGUGGUUUCAACUGUUUUUUUUAUUUUUAUUAUGAUGAUAAAGGAGGAUUCGAGCACGGUUGGUGGGAGAGUUAUAUGGAGGACACUGUUGAUUUAAAAGAGCUACGUGACACUCUGCAACUGUGACACAAACAGGGACUUAUCUUGUUCCAUCAAAUACAUGCUCCAUCCAUUGUAAUUAUAAAGUGAAUCCCAAUAGACUGAGCAGCUGGCAUUCAGACUCAGACACCUCGUGAUACACUGGGGAUGAAACUUACUACUGUAUGGCAGCUUACUUAAGAUCUUCCCAUUUCCUUAAUUCAUCCGGCAGAUGGCGCAGGUGCCUGGCAGGUCUUGUUCGCCUUCUUUCAUUCUCUCAGUUGCCUUUCACUUAUAUUGGGUUUGUUUGGUCCAGCCAUCUCACCUAUCAUGUGUGUUAUAUGGAAACAAUGGGGAAUGAGUCCUAGUCCUUUCUCUUAUUGUUCUCAUUAUCUGAUCAAACACUCCUGUUCAUUGUUCUCUGCUCCAUGCACUAUCUUCCAUGCUAUCUUAUGUCAGAUCAGUUCUCUUAGGUUGUCCGUAUACUACUGCAUUCAUAAACCCCCUAAAUUCAAUACAUUGAGGCCGAAUGCUUUCUGCUAUUUUCGAGCUGGAUUCCACGGGAGUAUAUUGGAUCAGCAAAUUAAUCUGAAUGUAUUGGAAUUGCCAAUAUUCAAAUAAUGAUGCCCUAGACACUGAAAUAAACAAGUUAUUUUAUGAUCUUGAAAUGGUGGCAUAAAUUUGGCAAAUGUUUUUUUUUUGUUUGUUUGUUUGUUUUAUCCCUGGGAAAUGAGGGAAGAAAAUACAAAUAUGAUUAUUGAACAAAUUGAGAAUUCAAAAUGGAUUUCAAAUUUAGGGUCAAAGUAGCUUAACUGGAAAAAAUUCUGUAUGUCAUAAAUGUAAAAUUCACUUUGAAUUCUCACUUUAGUGAAAAACCUUGUAUAUUAAAAAAAAAAAAAAGCCUGAAAGCGGGAAUAGUUUGUAAAUCAACCCGUAGGAUGUACUUAUAUAAAAUGUGUGCUGCAACAAGAUUAAAAUACAAAAUUUAUUAAACAUCCUUAAAGUACAUAUUCAAGAUUGGAAGUGAGAGAAUGGACAUGCCUUGGAUUUUGUCCUCUCUUGUCAAUGUUUCUUAAUCUGUGGUUUAUGUUUAUAUAAUUUUUGAAGUUUCUAAAAGCUUUGUAAAAAUGGUUGACUACUGUCCUUUAUACAGGCUACUCCUGGCACCAUAACCACUAUAGUGGGCUGUAUUGCUAAUGAUGCUUGGAGUGUUCUUUUACAAUAAUAUACAUUGCUCUGUGUGCAACUAGUUGAUCUGGUGAGAUUUACUGGCCAUUUAAAUUAGCUUUUGCAAUAUUUCUGUUGUAGUCCAUUAUUGUUUUUAUUUUAUCCCUCCACAGAACCUGUUGGGUGGAGCGCUGUUUGGGCCGUGGCUUGGCCUGUUCCUUUGCUGUUUACUAACCUCCCUAGGAGCCACAUUCUGUUAUCUUCUCUCUCGUGCAUUUGGCAAACAGAUCGUUGUGCUCUACUUCCCUGAAAAAGUCUCCUUGCUGCAAUCAAAGGUAAAUACAUAAUUCCAACCCACCUCCUCAGAUAAAUCAUUUAAAAACAUUUUCAUGCUCUGUAGUUCUAUGUGCAUAUUCCCUAUCUAAUAUUAAAAAGUGUAAUCAUUUUCAAGGUUAUUUGGAAAGAUCUUACUACAAAAGUGAUAGGUAUACACACAAUUAAAGAACACGUCCAAUUUCCAAACAAUUGUGAGAUUUCUUGAUAUGUAGGAAACAACAUAGCUGAAUUGUUGAUAUCCUAUUAAAUAUACCUUCCACUUCCCAUUAGUCUUACCAGUUGUAAAGUACACACAGAAUGGAGACUCCGUUCCAUUUCAGUUUUAUUCUGGUUUAAUCUAAAUGUUGCACACUUAUGGCCUUUGGUUUUAUUUUGCUUGUGAACUAUAUAAAUCCCAUAGAUGUACAGCUGCACCAAUCUGCAAGGAAGAAUUGUCUUGGAUAUACACAGAGUUUGUAUGGAUUGCCUCCCCACGGAUACACAUAACCCUGAAUCUACCUCUGUUCUCGGCAGGUUGAAGAAAACCGCAGCAGCCUGUUUUUCUUCCUUCUCUUCCUGCGUUUGUUUCCCAUGACACCCAACUGGUUUCUGAACUUGACAUCUCCAAUACUGAACAUCCCAGUGGGGCAGUUCUUUAUGUCUGUCCUUAUAGGUAAACACAUAACUUUACACUUUAAUAUUUAGCCUUUAUGAUUUUUAUGAGCAUGUGUCUCAGUGUUUAGGAGUAGUGAUGUCCCGAACGGUUCGCCGCGAAUGGUUCGCCGCGGACACAUCGAGUAAACUUUGACCCUGUACCUCACAGUCAGCAGACACAUUCCAGCCAAUCAGCAGCAGACCCUCCCUCCCAGACCCUCCCACCUCCUGGACAGCAUCCAUUGUGAAGCUGCAUUCUUAAUGAGCUGUCCAGGAGGUGGGAGUGACUGGGAGGGAGGGUCUGCUGCUGAUUGGCUGGAAUGUGUCUGCUGACUGUGAGGUACAGGGUCAAAGUUUACUCAAUGAUGAGUCCGCGGCGAACCGUUCGGCGAACAGUUCGGGACAUCACUAUUUGGGAGUAAGCAGCUCUUGUCUGCCACUGUCCCCUGAAAGUGCUGUUUAAUCAGAGGAUUAUUUUACCUGGUGAGGAACGGAAACCAAAGUGGUAUUUGCCCCACAGAGAUAGUGGGCAUGUGAAUGCUGAAAAAUGCACCUGUUUAUACUGAUUAAAUAAGACAAUUUGGUCAGAGUCAAAUUGAUUACAGACUUUUUUUGUUACAAUCUAUUCUCCAGGUCAGAUUACUUUUCUAUAACUAAUCGCAGAAGUCACUUUAUAGGGGGCUAGAUAACAGUGUGAGGAGGGGUUAGAGAAAAGUUAGGAACUAGAGAGUAGGAGAAGGUAUUUUGGUUAACAAGCAGCAAUCUGAAGUGCUCUAGGGGUUUGGAGUGUUUCCUUAAUAUGUUGAGGCUGAUUGUUUUUAAUUAUCUACAUAUUAGGUUAAGAUGUUUGAGGUUGUCAAUCUCCAUACAAGCAAAUUAAAUUAUAUCAAAAGUGUCACAAUGCUUACAUAAAUGUUUUUCAUAGUUUAUUAAAGGAUGUUCUCAUGUCACAGUCAUAGUACAGGCUGGAUAUAGUGUUGUUUAAUGUAGUCCUAUCCCAGGACAUCUGAUCGUGUAUACGUUCUAAGUAUGCAACUAGUGGAAAUUUGGGGAAAUGUCUAGUUAUGAUGCUCAUUGUGUGACCUGACGGCACCAUAAUCAGAUUUUUAAUUUCCUGCUGCUUCAGUUUAAUUUUUCCAUUGAUGUUCCUGAGAUUAAUUGUUGAAUAUAUUAUGACCACAGGUCUCCUGCCUUACAACUUCAUCUGUGUCCAGACAGGCUCCAUUCUCUCAAAGGUCAAGUCUCUAGAUGAUAUGUUCUCCUGGGGAACAUUGCUGAAAUUGCUGGCAAUUGCACUGGCUGCGCUAAUUCCAGGCACCAUCGUAAAGAGACUCACACAUCAGAGUAUGGGACUGGAAAAAAACGAUAACCUGGUGAACGGGAAGAAGUCCACAUGAAGGCUAUGUACCCUUUCUUUAAAAGCCUUUAACGGGUCUCUAAUAAAGUGAACACAUAUUUUAAUGUGCAAAGCCAAGUCGGUUGGGGGAUCCAUUUUGCUCUGCAAAGAGUAAAUAAUAUCAGACCCUUUAAAUUGACCUUGACAUGAACAGUCUUAAAUCAAUUCCAUGUGAACUUUUUAAGAAGUCUUUUUCUAUGGUGUUUGGGAAGAAUCCACAAUUUUGUUUGUGGUAAAGUUUAUAUUUCUAAUGUAUUUGUAAUCGGUGCGUUUAAUGACCUUGAUGUUGCUGUGCCAUAUAAAGGACCAUGUAAAACAUUUUCACAAAUCAAUAUGAUAUUCUCCAUUCAGUCCAUCUCCUUAUCUUGCAUAUUGCGGUAAGAGAAAUGUAACCCUUCUGAGUGAUAACUAUGUAUCUGAUCAUCGCUCCAAAGUAGAUGAGUUAAUUAGUCAAUGAUCAUGUGCUGCCUUAAAAAUUAUAUUUAUACAAAAAAAUAUAUAUUUAUAUUAUAUAUAAAGUGUUUGACAUAAAAAUAGAUGAUGUUGGCACUCUGCACGUGAGUAGGUGCAGGUAUUGAGGUCACCCUUAUGUUUUAACCUCCAAAAAUAUAUAAUCAAUCGAAAGAAAUACCGCACUCUAAAUGAUGCAAAAAUAGGUAUAUUGAAACCAACAACACACAGAGUAACUAUGUACAUCAAUCACCUGAGCCACACCUAUAGUUCAUGAUGUAGAUAACCAGCUGAACACAUACUUUACACCAAGUUUAAAUUAAUUAAUAAAAAGUAAUUCAAUAAUUCAUGCAUAGUUGAUAGAAAUCACUGUCAAUGACACCGGUGGAUCCACCCUCUAAUUCAUAAGAAUAUGUGUAAAUACAUAGGCUAGUUAAAAAAAGGAAAAAAUAGAAGAAAGUGAAAAAAGAAACAAAAAAAUGUACAAAAAUAUGUCCCGAUGUCUGUAUUUUGAGUCCACUGAUCAGAAUGGAUAUAACUAUUCCAUAUAGAUGUUAGUAGAAAAAAUAAACAAAAAAUUCCACAAAGGGAGGGAAAGAUAAUCAAAAAGGUUGGAUCUCACCCAUCUUCAGUUUGGAAAAUUAGUCCUGUGCAAUAAAGAAAAUCCAUAUGGAAUGGAUGCUGGAAAUAGUCACUGAAUGAGCUCUGGGUGAUAGCUGGAGUCCGGUAGUAGUUGUAGUCCGGCUGUGGUGCAGGUGGAUGUUGGGCUGCGCGCUCAAGACCUCAAUGUCCCUUCGAAGGCCCUGGUAUAACAACCAUAAAAACAUAGGUUUAAAUAGACAAAAGAGGGGGGCGUCCGUCUACCCCAUCAACGUGACGCUCCCUGUGUUUGCGGUCUCUUGAAACAUCCGGGACGUCAUGCGUAAUCACAUACAUGACGUCACUGCAUCCCGCGUGAGUGCAAAAUCAAAGAAGAAUAACUAUUGCAAAACUUACAAAACACAAUGUAUAAGACUGGACCUGACCUGAUGGAACCAUAAUCAGAUUUUUAAUUUCCAACUGCUUCAGUUUAUUUUUUCCAUUGAUGUUCCUGAGAUUAAUUGUUGAAUAUAUUAUGACCACAGGUCUCCUGCCUUACAACUUCAUCUGCGUCCAGACAGGCUCCAUUCUCUCAAAGGUCAAGUCUCUAGAACAUUGCUGGCAAUUGCACUGGCUGCACUUAUACCAGGCACCAUGGUAAAGAGGCUCACACAUCAGAGUAUGGGACUGGAAAAAAACGAUAAUCUGGUGAACGGGAAGAAGUCCACAUGAAGGCUCCUAUGUACCCUUUCUUUAAAAGCCUUUAACUGGUCUUUAAUCAAGUAAACAUAUUUAAAUGUGCAAUGCCAAGUCAAUUGGGGGAUCCAUUUUGCUCUGCAAAAAAGCAAAUAAUGUCAGACCCUUUGAAUUGACUUUGAAAUGAACAGUCUUAAAUCAAUUCCUUGUGAACUUUUUAAGAAGUCUUUUUCUGUGGUGUUUGGGAAGUAUCCACAAUUUUGUUUGUGGUAAAGUUUAUAUUGCUAAUAUAUUUGUAAUUGGUGCGUUUAGUGACCUUGAUGUUGCUGUGCCAUAUAAAGGAUCAUGUAAAACAUUUUCACAAACAGGAGGUGAGACACAGAGCAAGCUUUAAACCAUGGGUCCCCAAACUCCGACCCCCCAGAUGUUGAUGAACUACAACUCCCAUGAUUCUCUGGCUAUCUAUGUAAUUCAAGGAAUCAUGGGAGUUGUAGUUCAGCAACAUCUGGGGGGCCAGAGUUUGAGGACCCAAGCUCUAAACACAUCUUAUUACACUUCUUAAUUUUGAAAUCGAUAUGAUAUUCUCCAUUCAUUCAGUCCGUCUAUUGCAGUAAGAGAAUUGUAACCCUUCUGAGUGAUUUAUUAUGUAUCUGAUCAUUGCUCCAAAGUAAAGGAGUUAAUUAGUCAAUGAUCAUAUGCUGCCCUAAAAAAUAUAUACAUAUAUAUUAUAAAUAUAAUUCUUUUUGUAUAAAUUGUUUGACAUGUUGAUCCAACAAUCACUAUCUUUUCCAGCAAAAGUGUGUGGUCCUUUACAUACAGUCAUACAGUAAAUACAACCUCAGAUGAACAACACACUGUGUCAUGAUUUUUGAAACUCAAAUUAAGCGCCAUGUGUGAAAAGCUAAGUACACCUUAGGAUUCAUUGUCUUUAGCAACAAUAACUUGGCGUAAUAGUUUUCUGUAUGACUUUAUCAGUCUCUCACAUAAUUGUGGAGGAAUUUUGGCCCACUCUUCUUUACAACAUUCUUUACUUCAGUUCAUUAAGGUUUGCUGGCAUUCGUUUAUGCACAGCUCUCGUUCCGCCACAGCAUUUCAUUAGGCUUGAGGUCUGAACAUUGACUGGGUUGUUGCAAUACCUUGAUUCUUUAAUUUUUCAGCCAUUCUGUUGUAGAUGAGCUUGGGAUCAUUGUCCUGUUGCAUGACCCAAUUUUGGCCAAGCUUUAGCUGUCUGACAGAUGGCCUCACAUUUUACUCUAGAAUUGCUUUGGUAUACAGAGGAGAUCAUAGUUAUCUCAAUGACUGCACGCAUCUCAGGUCCUGUGGCUGCAAAACAAGCAGAGAUCAUCACCCCCUACACCACGAUGCUUGACAUUUGGCAUGAUGAGUUUGCUGAUAUGCUGUGUUUGGUUUUCGCCAAACGUGGGGCUGUACAUUAUGUCCAAACAUCUGCACUUUGGUCUUGUCUGUCCAAAGAACAUGGUUUCAGAUGUUUUGUGGUUUGUUCAGAUGCAACUUUGCAAACUUAACCAGUGCUAUAAUCAGUGGUGUAUCCUGGUUUUGUGCUGCCCUAGGCAGGACAAAACUCAGGCGCCUCCCUCCCCCCGCCCACCUUCUAAAUACACACACACACACACACACACACACACAGUCAGACACACACACAGUCAGACACACACACACACAGUCAGACACACAUACACAGUCAGACACAAACACUCAGACACACACACAGUCAGACACAAACACACACACAGACAGACACACACAGUCAGACACAUUAACACUUUUUUUUUAUUUAACUCCCCCCUCCCAGCCUCCUUACCUUAGGGAAUGCUGGGGGGGGAAGGGGUUCAUUAUCUCCCUGGUGGUCCAGUGGCUGCCGGUCGGGCUGAUGGGCUGGCUGCUGGGUGGGUGGCUGGCGAGGGAGCACUUCCCCCUGAGCUGACUGUUCAGCUCCCUCGUGCGCCGCAGAGUGGGGCUGGGAGCCGGGUUGAUGAC